AUGUCUUCCGACCACAAGAACCCGCCAUCACCGAACGAGCCUUCAAGAGACAAUGAUGACUUCAAGGAAUGCCUCAUCUGCUAUGAUAGCGUCCAAUCAUCCGACUUUAUCCCAGCAUGCGGUGAUUGCCCUGCAACCAUGUGCGCAAGUUGUGGCCGUAAAUGGUACGCAUUCAAUUCCCCCGGAAAUGUGAUCAGCACUCGACGACUCUGCUGCCCAUAUUGCUCAUGCGUUCCAACUAGCAACGCAAUCUACAAAUACGGCAAUGAUGCAGCAAACGCUGUGAGAUAUCUGGCCGACACAUCUUAUGAUUACGAUAUCAUGUAUGCAUGGUGCUGCAAGUGUCAAGAGCCUCGACCCCUCGUCGAACGCAGUUGUUCACGUGAUGACUUCAAGCUAUUUCCCGAAUGGGUAUGCAUGGACUGCGACAUUCUCAGAAAGCCCGAGCUGGAGAUCGCUGAAAUCCGAUGGGCCGCAGAUGCAAUCACGCAAGCACAGCUGUCCGGCGACUACGUGAAGCAGUUGAAGGCAAAGGAACACCAAGGCCGUGUGUUUGAGUCAAUUGAGGAUGGGACAAUGGGUAUCAAGCCCUGCCCUGGCUGUGGGAUUCUAACCCAGCGGCCCUUCGAAUGUGGCCAUUUGCACUGCACUGUGGGUGGAUGUGGGAUUGAUUGGUGCUACUUCUGUGGACAAGCCUAUGACAAGGCUUCAAUUUAUCAGCACAUGGAGGAAGCACACGGGGACGUGUUUGGUGGAAUAAUCAUGGACCGUGAUUUGGUUGCUCUGGCGGGCACUGACACCGACAGUGACCCUGACUUUGACUCUGACUCUCAGGAUGAGGGUAAGAAUGAGGAUUGUGAUGAAGAUUAUGAAGAUGUUGAGGAUGAAAAUGACCUGUAA